GAGGGCCCAGCUGAGAACCUCAGAGCACAGCCCAUUGUUAGCAAACAUGGGCUGAUUCUGAUGUUCUAGAAUUCCCAGACAUGGUGACUUAGCACCGGGAGCUUCAGCUCACAGUUUGUCUUCACGGCUCUUGGGUGACCCACACCAGGUCCCCUCUCUCCCAAAAUCCAGAUGAAGGAGUUUCUCCUACUAAUGUUUCUUUAUCUGCUUGGAUCUGCCAGAGGGGCAUCGGGCAAGCCUGAUAAGCCUCCUGGCUCCACGAAUCAUCAAGCUUCUGUUCAGCGACUUUCAGGUGAGCACUCUUCACUCUCAAACCCUUCAGGCAAAGCGGCUAUGUACAUGACUUCUCCAGGCAAGAUCGCUUUAAGCGAGCGCCCUUCCGAAGAGCACACUUUAGUUGGACGCGCUUUGGGUGAGCACGGUUCAGGGAAACACACUUCAGGCGAGCCCAGUUCCAGUGAGCACGCUGCCGGGAGUGAGCAUGCUGCCGACGAACAGCCUUCCGGUGAUCAGCCCUCGGGAGAAAAGCCUUUCAGUGACCAGCCUUCUGGUGACUCCGGUGAACAGCCUUCCGGUGACCAGUCUUCAGGUGAACAGCCUUCGGGUAGAAAGCCUUUGGGUGAUCAGUCUUUGGAUGAAAAGCCUUCAGGUGAACAGGCUUUGGGUGAAGAUGACUUAGGUGAACCGGCUUCUGGUGAACAGGACUCAGGCGAUAAGCAGUUGGGAGAACUGCCUGCAGACAUUCCAUUGUCCAACGCUUCUUCAGGCUCAGCACUGAAAUGUGUCACAUGCUCUUACAUGAGUGAUCAGGGAAAAUGUCUUCGUGGAGAGGGAGUCUGCUCCGCUCAGAAGUCCCAGCAGUGCAUGUUGAAGAAGAUCUUUGAAGCUGGAAAACUCCAAUUCAUGGUUCAGGGGUGUGAGAACAUGUGCCCAUCCAUGAACCUCUUCUCCCACGGGACAAGGAUGCACAUUAUAUGCUGCAAGAACCAGUCUUUCUGCAACAGGAUCUAGAAGCCUUCCCUGCUUCUGGCUCUGACUCGGGCAGCAGAAAUUCCCCAUCAACCUCAUGGGCUCAAUUUAUAUUUAGUUUCUUUUCCAGUUAACAACUAAUCACAUGGGCCUCUGCCUGAGUGUCAGAAGACAGGGAAGCCAAAUCUCUCUCCUUCCCUAUUCAUGCCAUUACCCGUACACUUCUGUCCUCCCUCUCCCCUGUUCCCCGAACCCAUCUCUCAACAUUUUCUUUUUCAAUAAAUUCCGCAUGGUUAAAGAAUACAGAGUCUAGAGAGACUUCUUUUCCCAUCCGUCAGUC